AGAGCCGGCAGCACGAUGGUGGACUACCACGCGGCGAACCAGCCCUACCAGUACGGCCCCAGCAGCGGCGGCAACGGCGGCGGCGGCGGCGUCGGCGACUACAUGGCCCAGGAGGACGACUGGGACCGCGACCUGCUCCUCGACCCCGCCUGGGAGAAGCAGCAGCGCAAGACCUUCACAGCAUGGUGUAACUCUCACUUGCGGAAAGCUGGCACCCAGAUCGAGAACAUCGAUGAGGAUUUUAGGGAUGGGCUCAAACUCAUGCUUCUGUUAGAGGUUAUUUCAGGGGAACGGCUACCUAAACCAGAGCGAGGGAAAAUGAGAGUGCACAAAAUUAACAAUGUGAACAAAGCCCUGGACUUCAUUGCAAGCAAAGGUGUCAAGCUGGUCUCCAUAGGAGCAGAAGAGAUUGUGGAUGGCAAUGCAAAGAUGACAUUGGGAAUGAUUUGGACCAUUAUUCUUCGAUUUGCCAUCCAGGACAUCUCAGUGGAAGAGACCUCUGCCAAGGAGGGUCUCCUUCUCUGGUGUCAGAGAAAGACUGCGCCAUACAAGAAUGUCAACGUGCAGAACUUCCACAUCAGCUGGAAGGAUGGUCUCGCUUUCAAUGCCCUGAUCCACAGGCAUCGGCCAGAGCUGAUAGAGUAUGACAAGCUGCGGAAGGAUGACCCUGUCACAAACCUGAACAAUGCCUUUGAAGUCGCUGAGAAGUACCUCGAUAUCCCCAAGAUGUUGGAUGCCGAGGACAUCGUGAACACAGCCCGUCCUGAUGAGAAGGCCAUUAUGACCUAUGUGUCCAGCUUCUACCAUGCCUUUUCAGGAGCGCAGAAGGCUGAGACAGCUGCUAACAGGAUCUGCAAGGUGCUGGCCGUCAAUCAAGAGAAUGAGCACCUGAUGGAGGAUUAUGAGAAGCUGGCUAGUGAUCUGCUGGUGUGGAUCCGACGUACCAUUCCUUGGCUAGAAGAUCGUGUGCCUCAGAAGACCAUCCAAGAGAUGCAGCAGAAGCUUGAGGACUUCCGUGACUACCGGAGGGUGCACAAACCACCCAAAGUGCAGGAGAAAUGCCAGCUGGAGAUCAAUUUCAACACUCUGCAGACCAAACUCCGGCUGAGUAACCGCCCUGCCUUCAUGCCCUCAGAGGGCAAGAUGGUGUCAGACAUCAACAAUUCUUGGCAGCAUCUGGAGCAGGCAGAGAAGGGCUUUGAAGAGUGGCUGCUCAAUGUAAUUCGGCGGCUGGAGCGUCUGGAUCACCUGGCGGAGAAGUUUGGGCAGAAAGCCUCCAUCCAUGAAGCAUGGACUGAUGGUAAGGAAGCCAUGCUGAAACAGAAGGACUAUGAGACAGCUACCCUGUCUGACAUCAAAGCCCUCAUCAGAAAACAUGAGGCCUUUGAGAGUGACCUGGCAGCCCAUCAGGACCGCGUGGAACAAAUUGCUGCCAUUGCCCAGGAGCUGAAUGAACUGGAUUAUUAUGAUUCCCCAAGUGUCAAUGCUCGAUGCCAGAAGAUCUGUGACCAGUGGGAUGCCCUUGGCUCGCUGACACACAGUCGAAGAGAAGCUCUUGAGAAAACAGAGAAACAGCUGGAAACAAUUGACCAGCUGCACCUGGAAUACGCCAAGCGCGCGGCACCAUUCAACAACUGGAUGGAGAGUGCGAUGGAAGACCUACAAGACAUGUUCAUUGUCCACACCAUCGAGGAGAUUGAGGGCCUAAUUGCAGCCCAUGACCAGUUCAAGUCCACCCUGCCGGAUGCCGACAAGGAGCGGGAGGCUAUCCUCGCCAUCCACGGGGAAGCACAGAGGAUUGCUGAAUGUAACCAUAUCAAGCUGCUGGGGAGCAACCCCUACACCACUGUUACCCCCCAGAUCAUCAACUCCAAGUGGGAGAAGGUCCAGCAGCUCGUGCCAAAGCGGGACGAUGCCCUGCUGGAGGAGCAGAGCAAGCAGCAGUCCAAUGAGCGUCUCCGCCGGCAGUUUGCCAGCCAGGCCAACAUCGUGGGGCCGUGGAUCCAGACCAAGAUGGAGGAAAUUGGGCGUAUUUCCAUUGAAAUGAACGGUACCCUGGAGGACCAGCUGAACCACCUGAAGCAGUAUGAACUGAGCAUCGUGGACUAUAAGCCCAACCUGGACCUCCUGGAACAGCAGCACCAGCUCAUCCAGGAGGCCCUCAUCUUUGACAACAAACACACCAACUACACCAUGGAGCAUAUCCGUGUGGGCUGGGAACAGCUCCUCACCACCAUUGCCAGAACCAUCAACGAGGUAGAGAACCAGAUCCUGACCCGGGAUGCCAAAGGCAUCAGUCAGGAGCAGAUGCAGGAGUUCCGGGCAUCAUUCAACCACUUUGACAAAGAUCACGGCGGGGCGCUGGGGCCUGAGGAGUUCAAAGCAUGCCUCAUCAGCCUGGGCUACGAUGUGGAAAAUGACCGACAGGGUGACGCCGAAUUCAACCGCAUCAUGAGUGUUGUGGACCCCAACAAUAGCGGCAUUGUGACAUUCCAGGCCUUUAUUGACUUCAUGUCCCGAGAGACCACCGAUACAGACACAGCUGACCAAGUCAUUGCUUCCUUCAAGGUCCUCGCUGGAGAUAAGAACUUCAUCACAGCUGAGGAGCUUCGGCGGGAGCUGCCCCCAGACCAGGCGGAGUACUGCAUUGCCCGCAUGGCUCCAUACCAGGGCCCAGAUGCUGCUCCUGGAGCCUUGGACUACAAAUCCUUCUCCACAGCCCUGUAUGGCGAGAGUGACCUGUGAGCCACCUGCUCCCCCUCACCCCUGCCGCCCCUCACUGAGGAGACACAGCAACCCAACCUCCAUCUCUGGGGAGGGUGGGGUAGCCCCCCAAGUCCCCUUCUCCCUCCAAGGGGGCGGCUUGCUAUAGUCCAGUUUUCUCUGACCUGACCAGGUAUCUAUGCAAAGUGCACUCUCUCUCUUUCUCUCUCUUUCCUUCCUUUUUGUGGGAGAGGGGGAAGGGGCAGGAUCUCUCUUCUCUCUUAGUUGAUUGGCCAGGAGUUCCCCAGCCUGGGGCAGGGGUAAUGGUGAAGGGGGAGUUUAGAGUAAAUCAUUCUGGUCUGUUAUAAAUAUAUAUAUAAUAUAUAUAUUUUUUAAACUAAGCUGAGGUGAUAACCCUCAUGAAAUGAAGACUGGCCUCCCUCUCCAAGCUGCACAGCAUCAGGAUAACAUGUCUCCUCAGCCUCACAGUCACCCCUGGCACACGUCUCACCCCCCCCUACACACACACACAAAUUCCCCUUGUCAUCCCAGCAGAUAAACUCUUUCCCUCCUCCACAAAGUCCUAUUACAGCUUGUUCCCUUCAGGGCCAAAGACCAUGUGCCUUGUCUAGGAACCCUUUUGGGUCCAGUUCUUGGAUGGGACAAAGGGAUGGGGAGGCAACCCAGAAUCCUCAGGAUAUGGGUUCACUGGUGACGGCCCCGCAGGUUGGGCACCUCCAGAAAAGGGCUCGCCCGUAGCCUCCUCUUCCUCUAAGCUCUUUUGUUUCUUUCCGUCUUCUUCUCUCUCUUCCCCCUACUUCUUUUCCCCAUAAAGAUGCGUAAAGAGGGAUAGAUGGCAAGCCAACCAGGGCAGCUUAGAUCAUGGUCAUUUAUUGGUGUUUGGGAGUUAGGGAGCAGCAGCCGGAGAGGGCUGAACUUGAGAGGAUCUGGGGGUGGUGGAGGAAGAGUCGCAGAGGAUGGGGCAUCUACCGUGGGUCAUGAAAAUGGGCGUAAGUAUCGAGGCAGCCCUCAUGCUCAGACCCAGCUUCACGGACUAUCCCUCACUAGGCAUCCCACUCUCACUUUGACUGGACUCUCCCUCAGCAAGUUUUCUAAGGACCAAAAAAUUAAAAAAUUUUUAAAAAAAAAUUAAAAAAAAUUUAAAUCCCCACAAAAAAAAACUUUUAAAAUAAUUAAAAACUUUCAGAGAGUUACUAUUUACUUUAUUAACUUACGGAUUUAUUAUAUAAAUAUAUAUUCACCUAGCAACAUAUAUUUGCCGUCUUUCUUGGUCUUGUAAUUACGCUAUCAGCUGAUUAUCCUAACUCCCCUCUGCCCUUCUCCCCUCCCCUUCCCUCACCCCUUCAUUGUUUUCCCUCUUUGUUGUCUUUUGUCAGGGACUAGUCUUUGGGAAUUCCCCCGAUGGGAGGGUCUGGGGGCCUGGCUUAGGGGAGAAGAAGGCUGGGCUGGCUGCUUCUGUUUGUGGUUUUGUUCUUUCUUUUUUGGGCGUUCAUUCUCAUUAAUUUUUUUCUGGAAAAACCAACAGGACAAUAAAAUGUGUAAUAUUUUUAAGAACGAUUUCCCAAAUGUA